GGGAAAAACAAUUGUCUCAGUCUGGGAGCUGAGCCUGUCUAUCUCUCCAGUACCCCUUCUCAUCCUUCUGUGGCGUCUUCUAGCCCAGCCGAGCACUAAAAAGACCUUCGGAGACCCGGCUGCCUUCGUAUCUCUCACACUGCCACAGCUAAGACACAGCCUUCAGGUCCCUUGGUCCCACUAUCCACACCACCACCUUGAGGAGCACAAAGCUUGGCUGCAAGGGCUAUCCUGUUAGGAUGAGGGUCUUUAUUACCAUCUUGUUGGCUGCUCUGCUGUGCCUGGAUCAAGGGAGUGAACAGAAGGAGAUGAAGUUGACAGAUGAAAGCAAAGAAGAGGAUUAUGACUAUAAGGAUGAUGACGAAGAGGAUGAGGAUGAAGUUGAAAUCAAGCACAUUCCCUAUGAAGGCUCUCUGGAAUGCUACACCUGUGAGUCAGAGUCCACUGAGGAGCUCUGUAACAAGGUCGAAACCUGUGCACCUUCUCAGACCUUCUGCAAAACCAUCAUCACCAGAGGGAAUGCAGAGUCCAACUACCUCACUACCUUCUCAGCGUGGUGCUCAGAUACCUGCAAAGAAGCCACCAAGAUCAUAGAGGGGACUCAUGUGACCGUGAACUGUUGCCAGUUUGACAUGUGUAAUCCCUUGUCGGUGGAAAGCAGAGUCUCAGACACGAAUUCAAAGGCCAAUCGAGGGGACAUCCUUACGAGUGUGGGGAUGACCACCCUGUUCAUGCUGCUCUGCAACUGGCUGGUGAGAGGCCUAUGAAAGGAGCCCUCCUACCACCAGGAGCUCCCCUCCACUAUCUGGCCCUACUGCCUUUGCCCUGAACUUAAUUCUACCCCACCCCAAGGAAGAGAUCUCCCAUCCCAUGAAGUCUCUAGCCCUUCUCCCCUGGCCCUGUGUUCUGAGGUCCUUUUUGUUUCUGUAAUGCUGUGUUCUCCUAAAAUCAUUUUCAGCUAUAACCUUCCAUUUUAUGAUUAGAGCUCUGCCUCUGACCUGGUAGGUUCUAAGGGCCUUUCCAACUCUGACAUUCCAUGUUGUAUGUUCUUAGGUCCCUUCCAGUUCUAAAGUUCCAUGUUCUGUGAUCUAAGGUCUCUCUCAGCUCUGACUUUUCCAUAUUCUAUGUUCUAAGUUCUCUUCUAGCUCUAAUAUUCUAUGAUUUUAUUACUUUCUCAGAUGGGAGGGAACCCAAUGAAGGAGAAGGGCCUCACUCAGGCCAGCUUAGUCUGUCUCUAGGAAACAGGUAACAGGGCAGAGAUUUUCAGACUUAUGUGAAUUAUACUCAAGUCUCUGCUGCAACUCCCUACCUGUGUCUUCUUGUAGGGAAGAGGAGAGGUAUAAGUGUUGAGAGACAAGCUCCUGUAUCCUGGAGCCAGGACUCUGCCCAUCUCUAAUGCCAUACAUCUGAAAGGGAUUGUGGAACAAGGGUCUAAUUGGGGGGGAAGGGUAUGGGAGGACAAAAUGUUAGCCCUGGGCCAACCAUUUUUGUUUGAAAUCUCAAGAACCUCAAAACAUUCUAGGCUUUACUGCCCUUCUACCUACUUCCUCUGUCCCCAUCUGUCUCUCCAAGUGGUCCUAUCUUCAUGAUGAGAGUACUGCCUUCUGAUAAUGAAGUUUUGGUUUCUUUACUAGGCAGCAGCAUUCAAACCCUUCAAUGACACCAGCAUCUGACAUGUCCCUGCUCCUCUCUGAAUCCUCUGUUUCCUCACCUUUAAAGUGAAGGAGUUGGACUGUGGUUUGUAAGGUCCUUCCAGCUCUGGUGUUCAGCCAGUUGGCUCAGGCAGAACUAGGGAUAGGCAAGGUAGGCAGCUGCCUGGAGAAUAACAUUCAAGGGUCAGAGAAGGAAAGUCACAACAAGGGACACUUCUUUCAUAUCACUUUUUAUAAAUGCAUAUAUAUGCAAAUAUAUAUGUGUGUGUGUGUGUAUAUAUAUAUAUGUAUAUAUACAUAUAUAUUUAAUGCCCAAAAAUCCCACUCCCUAUAGCUGAUAGGGAUUAACAUUGUGACAAAUUAGCACCUACCUGUUACAUGAAAGCUUGGGAAGACACAUACUGGGGGCACAAUUUUCAAAAUUUGUCAGAAGUGAACAAAUGUUUUGUGGUUUCUUCGGAUUAGAUGUCAAAGAAUCAAAAUAUUCAGAGCUGGAAGGGACCUUAGAAAGGUCCAAACCUCUCCACUCCGAUUUUAUUUAUUCUUUUUUUUUCUAUAAUGUGAGGGGAUAUUUUGCUUUAACGCAAUGGCUGUUAUCCAGCAAACACCUAAACAAACCCAUUCAUAAAGAAUAUUCCCAAAAAACAACUUAUCAAGUGUUUCUCCCCGUGUAAUAACUUUUAUUUAUAUAUUAUUAAUAUCAGAAUUAUUCCCCAGUUACCAGCUCCCCAUUGAAUUUUCCCUUGUAACAAAGAAAAUUUGAAGUCAAACCACAAAACAACUGUGUAGUAGUAUAUACAUCACUCCUCACCUAUACUGCUCCACCUCUCUGCUCAGAGGAAGAAAAUGUGUUCCUCCUCUUUUCUCUAGGACCAGGACGGGUUGGUGUAAUCAUUUCAGGAGCUUUUUAGUGUUGUUUUAGUUACGUUAUUGUAGUUAUUGUAUAUAUUGUUUACUUGGCUUCUACUCUUUUCAGUCCACAUCGAUUCAUAUGAGCCUUCCCAUGUUUCUCUGAAUUCUGUAUAUUCGUCAUUUCUUAUAGAGUAAUAAUAUUCCAUUUGUUCUUAUA